AUGGGGGUGGGGCACAUCUUUAAAAUUGUUAAAUGUUACAAAUGUUAUGCAUAAAUGUAUCCUUUAGACUUGACAGCUCAGGGAAGUUACCUAGCUUUAAAAAUCAUAUAAAUCUACUCCCUUGCCAGUUUCCUUCAUUCCACUGUCAAUCUGCUUCAUUGGCCAAGAACUUGGAAACCAUUCGGUCCCCGCCAUAAUCCCUCAAGCGGGGGUCACGUACUCACAGGAAGGUACUCAUAGGUGUCAAUCGCUGGGCAAAGGCACUCCUCCGGACUUGCCCAGGUGGCAGACUAUGCAAAUCAAACUUCUAUUGUCCCUUUGUAGUACGUGCUUAGAAUGUACUUCCCAAUACAUAUCCUGUAUCCACCUGUUGCCCCAACACAUUCCUCCUAUGUUAAUCAUGUAUAACCCUCCCCUUUUCUGAUGUAGCAAUGAUGUAGUGAUGAUGCUUAAUGAACUGUAUGCUGGGAUAAGAUAGAAACUUUUAAAAGUCCUUGUCCCCCCAUCCUCGGGGGUUCAAAAUUCCUCUUUGAACCUGUUGCGCAAUGUACCACUCAACACUGUACCACUCAACAAGAAGACACGGAGGACUACAGGUGCUUACAACCCACACUGUUUCUGCUGGUACCUGCUUCAACCUCUGCCUCCCAAGCUAUGUUGAUCCUAUCCUGCUCUUCCAAGUUGCAGAUCCUGGAAGGACUGCUGAAGAAAAGCCUCCCUCAGACACUUCAGGUCUAUGGUGAAGUCAUGAACAUAAACCGUGGGAAUCCAGUGGGCCAUGAGGUGAUUGUGGAUUCUUGGCCAGAUUUCAAGGCGGUCCUGACUCGUCCACAGAGAGGGACUGUUUCUGACACUUCGGAUUCUUUUAACAAUAUAUAUGCAGCAUUUUAUCGGGAUCUUGAUGCAUACCGGAGACUGUUGCUUGACACAGAUGCCAUCAACUGGGACCAAGCCUUUUCUCUCUGUGGGAACCAUGAUGGGAUACAUGAGGUCUCUAAAGAUGCUGUUGUUCUCAAGAAAGUCCAGUUGACUGCAAUUCCCUACUUCAUCUACCUGAACGCCAAGCCAGAUAAACAGCCUCAGCCCCGGCUAGAUCCAGGCUUCACUUUUUCCUCCUUAAAUAGCUCCCACAUUGACCUGCUGAAUGAAACGUGGCCCUAUGGGGGCAGUGAACACAGCCGGAAAUACUUGGCCAACAUGGUGCGAUGUUUCCCCAGUACCUGCAUCCUGGACUCCAAUGGUCAUCCUAUCAGCUGGAUCAUCAUGGAAUCUUGGGGCGCAAUUGCACACAGCUAUACCCUUCCAUCCCACCGCCAAAGGGGCUAUUCAUCUAUGGUGCAGAGGGCACAUGGCAUGCGUGUCCAUGCAGCUGACUUCCCUGUAUAUGGCCAUGUUGCCCUAGAUAAUACCCCCCAGCAGAAAGUGAUGGACUCCCUGGGCUUCCAAAGAUUAUCUGAACUGUGUCAUUACUGCAUCCAUUCUCCAGCUUCUCAGUGAGAAGAGGAGAGAGCAACAGUCGUUUUCUAGGAUCCUGCCCAGUCCUUCCACUCACCAGUCCUCUGAAUGAGAGAGACUUAUCCACUAUUCAAUUUUGACCACUCUUCAUCUUUACAUUCCACAGUGUGUUUCUCUCUUCCUUUUGCCUUAUUGUAUUUUCCUGAAUUUUCCUGGCCCCCCUUAUACAUUUGACUUUUGAUGUUUCAGUUCACGUACAUUAUACAGGAAGAUCACACCUUACGCUUAUUUAACUUGAAAUAUUAAAAAAUAAAAUA